AUUCUCCAACUGGAGUUUCCACGACAGCUGGGAGCCGUGCGAUACCUCCUCGCGUAUUGCUUUCUUAAAGAAUACGUAGGGACUGUCCUUAUUUCAACAUCCGCAAACAAACUUUUGGCGGCAUGGGAGACAAGAAGAGUCCAACCAGGCCGAAGCGUCAACCAAAGCCUUCGGCGGAAGAGGGAAAUUGGGACUGUAGCGUUUGCACAUACAAGAACACCGCGGAGGCUUUCAAGUGCAUGAUGUGCGAUGUAAGGAAAGGAACGUCAACACGGAAGCCUCGUCCUGUCUCCCAGCUGGUUGCUCAGCGGGUAGCUCCGCAGUUCGCCUCGCCCACGCUGCUGCCCAAGAAGGACAAGAAGGACAGAACGGACCAGGAGAAGAAUGACAAAGAGCCCACAGUGAAGAAGAACAACCACAAGAAGAUGAGGCCCAGGUUAAAAAACAUAGACAGGAGCAGCGCUCAGCACCUAGAGGUCACGGUUGGAGACCUGACUGUCAUCAUCACAGACUUUAAGGAGAAAACCAAACCUCCCCCCUCCUCCACCACCACCACCACACCCCCCACCUCUACCACACCCUCCAGCACUGUGUCUGUGUCUGCAGAACACCACAGUGGCUCCAGCUCAGACAACAACGCUGAGAGAGGGAUCUCACGGUCAUCUUCACCCCGGGGAGAGGGCUUCUUAGUCGGGACAGAGUCCCACUAGACCACCCCAAUUGGAACCCCAGCCCAACAGACCCUCAGACCUCCAACCCCUAGACCUUGUCCUGGAUCCCCAACCCCUAGACCUUGUCCUGGAUCCCCAACCCCUAGACCUUGGCCUGGAUCCACGACCCCUAGACCUUGGCCUGGAUCCCCGACCCCUAGACCUUGGCCUGGACCUCCAACCCCUAGACCGUGGCCUGGAUCCCCAACCCCUAGACCCUGGCCUGGACCCCUAGACCCUGGCCUGGACCCCCAACCCCUAGACCUUGGCCUGGAUCCCUGACACUGAGACCUUUGCCUGGAUCCCCAACCCAUAGACCCUGGCCUGGACCCCCAACCCCUAGACCUUGGCCUGGAUCCCCGACACCGAGACCUUGGCCUGGAUCCCCAACCCCUAGACCCUGGCCUGGACCCCCAACCCCUAGACCCUGGCCUGGACCCCCAACCCCUAGACCUUGGCCUGGAUCCCCGACACUGAGACCUUUGCCUGGAUCCCCAACCCAUAGACCCUGGCCUGGACCCCCAACCCCUAGACCCUGGCCUGGACCCCCAACCCCUAGACCUUGGCCUGGAUCCCCGACACUGAGACCGUGGCCUGGAUCCCCAACCCAUAGACCUUGGCCUGGAUCCCCAACCCCUAGACCUUGGCUAUGACUACUCAUGGCUUAACAUAGGCCACUCUAACCUCACUCCUCUGUCCUCAACUCUGAUAUGUAAUGUUAUCUCUGGACUUGCACAUUUACUGUAAUACUAGCUACAGGCUACAGCUAGAUCAACACAUUUAGCAGCUACAGGUUACAGCUAGAUCAACACAUUUAGCAGCUACAGGUUACAGCUAGAUCAACACAUUUAGCAGCUACAGGUUACAGCUAGAUCAACACAUUUAGCAGCUACAGGUUACAGCUAGAUCAACACAUUUAGCAGCUACAGGUUACAGCUAGAUCAACACAUUUAGCAGCUACAGGCUACAGCUAGAUCAACACAUUUAGCAGCUACAGGCUACAGCUAGAUCAACACAUUUAGCAGCUACAGGUUACAGCUAGAUCAACACAUUUAGCAGCUACAGGUUACAGCUAGAUCAACACAUUUAGCAGCUACAGGUUACAGCUAGAUCAACACAUUUAGCAGCUACAGGUUACAACUAGAUCAACACAUUUAGCAGCUACAGGCUACAGCUAGAUCAACACAUUUAGCAGCUACAGGUUACAGCUAGAUCAACACAUUUAGCAGCUACAGGUUACAGCUAGAUCAACACAUUUAGCAGCUACAGGUUACAGCUAGAUCAACACAUUUAGCAGCUACAGGUUACAGCUAGAUCAACACAUUUAGCAACUACAGGUUACAGCUAGAUCAACGCAUUUAGCAGCUACAGGUUACAGCUAGAUCAACGCAUUUAGCAGCUACAGGUUACAGCUAGAUCAACACAUUUAGCAGCUACAGUUUAUAGCUAGAUCAACACAUUUAGCAGCUACAGUUUAUAGCUAGCACUACUACUACCAACCUUGAGUUGUGGUUUGCUUUUGGACUAAAAAAACACCACAAACUGAAGUCUUGUUUUAAUUACAUUUCUCUGAUUAACUUUAGGCCAAUUUAACUGACUUUUAAAAACUAUUUUUUGAAACCUGUGUUCUAAACAUGAAGUAAUGUCAUUACAUUUAGCUGAUCUUAGCCUAUUGUACAGCUCUGUUUUAAUGUGUUAUAACAUCACGUCAGUGUUAGUAUCCAUGUCAACAUCGGAACUUUCAACCUCCUGUCCAAUGAGAACUGUCGUGACAUGAUGAUUAUGGUUCAGAGUUCUUCAGUUUGUGUUGCAUUAUGGGAGAAAACAUGAGGUACAGGUGGAGAGGAUGGAAAACCUAUGGGCUCUCUUUUGGUACUUGUCUCUCAGUUGUAAAGUGUCAUUUAUUGAUUGAAUGUGUUGGAGACUGAAUUGUAUUGUCAUUGACUCACAUCAGCCGGGACCUGGUGUGGUUUUAUCAUUCAUGAGAAAAUGUUCUUCAAAACAGCGUCUGUUUUUGAAUUGUGUCCGUUUUAACACCACCUCAAAUGGUUGAUCAUAACCGUGUCACAACAUUCACUGUUACAUUUUCUAUCCUUUGUUUUGUUUCUACCAAGCUUUUCUGUUUAGAAAUGUAUGGAGGACUUGGUUGAUUACAUGGUUCAAUGUCUAUAAAGAAAGAUCUAAAUAAUGGCA